UACGAUCGACUUGGAAGUUCUAUUCUCUUUGGCGUCUGGCUGAGAUGAAGUGAUCCAAUGACUUUGUGAAUUGGUGAUGCCAUUUCCAUUUCUUUAAUCCAAAGUCAAUUCCCGGACUUCUAAACUCCUAUACGUAACCAUGCAUAUUUGCAAUUCCCUUUUUUUCCUUCUUCUUCUUCAACCCAAAUAAAUCCAUCCCUGUUUAUCGCCCUUUUCCAUUCCCAUUUCUGGGUUCAUUUUCUUUGUAAUUUCGAUAUCUAUUUAAUUUCUCAAUUUGGGGUUCUGAUUUCGGAUUCCAAUUUCUCGUUUUACGCUUUUUUUUGGGGGGGGUUUUGGGUACCCUGAUUUUUCUCGAUUGCUAUCUGGUCAAAAGCUUUGAUCUUGUUUACAGAGUUAUGAGAAAAUGGGUAAUUCCCUCGAUUGGAUUUUGAACUUUGGAGGUUUCUUUUGAGUUUGGGCAGGAAGAAGAUGAAGGACUUUCCUGGGACUCCCGGGACUGUGACGGGGCUAAUUCUGAGGAUUUUGCAGUGUGUUUUUGCUGCUGCCUCUGUUGCUUCUAUGGCUUCAACUGCUUACUUCUUCAAAUUCACUGCUUUUUGCUACCUGAUUGCUUCAUUGGGGUUACAAAUCACCUGGAGUUUUAUGCUAGCAUUAAUCGAUGCCUACGCGUUGGUGAGAAACAAAGCCCUCCAGAGCACGGUACUUGUUAGCCUCUUCGUCGUGGGGGAUUGGAUUACAGCAACAUUGACACUGGCAGCAGCUUCUUCUUCAAGUGGAGUUGCAAUAUUGUACUUUAACGACUUGAAAAGCUGUAAUUUUAUAGGGGAAUGCCAAAAAUACCAACUCUCAGUCGCCUUGGCAUUCCUCAGCUGGAUUACUAUUGCUACUUCUUCUCUUAUUAUGGUUUGGAUAUUGGCUUCCAGUUAAAACCAUUACUUGUACAGCCAAUAUCAAAUGGUCGCUUUUUUUUUUUUUUUUUUUUUUUUGUAACAAGUCAUCUUUACUCCUUUUCAUUUGCUCUCUAAUUUUUGUUUUCUCACCACUUCAUUCUUAGUUUUGAAAGCACAGACACAGACACAGGGGAUGUAAAUUUGAUCAUAACAAACUACACAUUUUUUUUCAAUUCCAAUUUUCCAAUCAUGCUUGGAUCCAUUUUAA